AUGGAAGCAAACACUGGCAAUCUAAGAUUGGAGAUUCCUCGGAAACAUGAGAUUUUCUUCAAUGAGCUUGGAGACACCCAUUCGUCACCUAUCAGCGGCUCGGCGCUUCUCAUGAUUCAGAGUAACAAGAACUCACACGCAGAAUUCGUCGAUCUUGAAUAUCUGAAAAUAUCCCUCAUUCGCGACGUGACCGCGUCUGACCAAAAUUGUGCAACUAGUGGUGAGCAUCUUCUUGGGCGCAUCAAUCGAUGGUUCACAACAAAUCCGAAGAUUACCUCACAUGACACUACUACACGAAACUGCUCGAUCAUUGAAGAGGUCACGCUACAUGUACCUCAUCUCUACCUCGAACCCCAAGUCGGCUACUCCCUACAGGAGGGUAGAACCUACAAAAUUCCCUUUCACAUACCGAUUCCAGCCGAUCUUCCAUCAACAUUGACGACUAGCCUGGGAGACAUAACGUACUUCGUUGUUGCUUCUGCAAGAACCACAAGAGGAGAAAAUCUGAGUGCAAGUGAAGAGAUUACACUUCUUCAGCACCUCAUCCCGGAGCAAGAUCUAGUUCAACGAACUCGGACGUAUCGGAACUCGAAUUUCGUUACAAAAAUCAUCCUUACCCAGAAUAUCGCUGCGAUCACGAACUCCAAACUUCCCGCCACGGCAGAAGUGUUCGUUCGACCACCAGCAACGCCUGCAGGUCGCUCCACGGAAUAUAAGUGUGUGGCUAUCAGGGGCAUCCAGUGGCGUAUCGAAGAAGUGAUCAAGCUCGUCUAUGAGCCAGAAUGUGAAAGUGAGAGUCGUUCAGAGUGCUCGCAGAUCGAGGACAAGAUAUGUGUUCGAGAGAUAUGCAAGGGUUUCCAGAAAGGGUACUGGAAAACUUUACCGGCUGCAAAAUCCACAGAUCAAUCUGCAGAUUGUGAGGACUCAUCCGUGGAGAUUGCUCUUGAGAUAGAAUUCCCCGAAAGUCAAGUCUUUAUACCUGAAGUCGAUAUCAGCUGCUAUGAGGCUUCAUUCAGUCGGACAGACUCGUCUGAGUCAUCUGCAUCAUUUCAGCCUUCUCAUCUCUCUACGACUCAGCAAAGGAUAAUUUUGACCACUGAACAUCGACUCAGACUGGAUAUAUCUACGACCGAGGAUACUUUUGACACGUGUGAUCAUUCAUUAGUGGACCGUAAGCCGCUACGAAUUGCUAACAAUGCAUCGUUUCCUCUUCAAAUUGUUGAUAAGGCUGAGGGUAACAUGGCGGAAUUGUUGAGUCAAGGAAGUCCCCCAAGAUAUGAAGAAGUUCCGAUCUCACCCCCAAAAUACCACGAUGAGUGA